AUGAAUGGAGCCAACAGCUCCCAUCUGACACCAAGAUAUUUCAUCCUUAAUGGGAUCCCUGGCCUGGAAGCUGCACAUGUUUGGAUUUCCCUGCCAUUCUUCUUCAUGUACAGCAUUGCCAUCGUGGGGAACUGUGGGCUCAUCUACCUCAUCAUCCAUGACAAGGCACUGCAUCGGCCCAUGUAUUACUUCCUAGCCUUACUAUCCCUUACAGAUAUUAGUGGAUGCACUUCAUUUGUUCCAAACAUGCUAUGCAUUUUUUGGUUCCAUCUCACAGAAAUUACCUUUAAUGCCUGCCUUGUGCAGAUGUUUUUCAUCCAUAUGCUGACGGGCAUGGAGUCUGGAGUGCUUAUGCUUAUGGCUCUGGAUCGCUACGUGGCCAUUUGCUAUCCUUUACGCUAUUCUACAAUCCUCACCAAUACUGCAGUUAUCAAAAUAGGGCUUGCUACUAUCACUCGAAGUGUGUUACUCAUGAUUCCAUUCAUGUUCCUAAUCAAACGCCUCCCCUUCUGCAGAGGCAACCUUAUUGACCACACCUACUGUGACCAUAUGGCUGUGGCCAAAUUAUCUUGUGGUAACAUAAAGAUGAAUGCUAUCUAUGGUCUCAUAAUUGCCAUCUUAAUUGGGGGAAUUGAUAUGGUCUGUAUCUCCUUGUCUUAUAUCAUGAUUAUUCGUGCUGUAGUAAGCCUAUCAUCUGCAGAUGCUCGCCAUAAAGCCUUCAGUACCUGUACAUCACACAUAUGUGCUAUUGUUAUCACCUAUGUCCCAGCCUUUUUUAACUUUUUCACCCACCGGUUUGGGGCUCAAACCAUACCACAUCACGCCCACAUUAUUAUAGCCAACCUCUACCUGAUGCUACCUCCCACCUUGAAUCCAAUUGUCUAUGGAAUGAAAACCACGCAGAUUCGUGAAGGAGUCAUUAAACUGUUUUCUAGAGAGAAAGAUAUUUUGAGUACAAAAUAA